CCAUGGAAAGGGGGAAGAGCCGCCGAGUGCUGGAUCCCAACAAGCCCUGUCACUUGAUUUAGUGGGAAAGGGAGAGCGUGAGGACGAUGGGAGCCACCAUGUGCUGCGACUCGACCGCGUUACCGAGGGAUAGGACGCCUGCACUUUGGCUCCUCUUGUAUAUAUUCAUCGUGACCUCGCAGAGUUCUCAACAAGUCCUCAGGAUCGGAGGUAUUUUUGAAACUACUGAAAAUGAGCCAAUUAGUAUUGAGGAGAUGGCCUUCAAGUUUGCAAUCACCAGUAUAAACAGAAAUAAGACUUUGAUGCCUAAUGCCACACUCACAUAUGACAUACAGAGAAUUAAUCUUUAUGACAGCUUUGAAGCUUCAAGACGGGCUUGUGAUCAGCUUACUCUAGGAGUAGCAGCUGUGUUUGGACCAUCCCACAGUUCUUCAAUAAGUGCGGUUCAAUCUAUCUCUAAUGCAAUGGAAGUUCCACACAUCCAGACACGUUGGAAACAUCCCAUACUAGAUCAGAAGGACUCAUUCUUCAUUAACCUUUAUCCAGAAUAUACAUCUAUUAGCAGAGCCAUCCUGGACCUGGUGCAGUACUACAAAUGGAAGACAAUUACCAUUGUUUAUGAAGAUAGCACAGGUCUUAUUCGAUUACAAGAACUAAUGAAAGCCCCCUCCAGAUACAACAUUAAAGUUAAAAUUCGUCAGCUGCCGGCAGGUAACAGAGAUGCUAAGCCUCUUCUGAAACAGAUGAAAAGGGGGAAGGAAUUCUACGUGAUAUUUGACUGCACAUAUUCAACAGUAGCCCAUAUAUUGAAACAGAUACUUUCGAUGGGAAUGAUGACUGAGUAUUAUCACUACUUUUUCACCACACUGGAUCUCUUUGCACUGAACUUGGAACCAUAUCGAUACAGUGGUGUCAAUAUGACAGGGUUUCGCCUUCUAAAAAUUGAUGACCCACAUGUUGCAUACGUUACUGAGAAGUGGUCCAUGGAACGACUUCAAGCGCCACCCAAACCUGAUUCUGGUCUCCUGGAUGGGAUGAUAACAACAGAUGCAGCCCUGAUGUAUGAUGCAGUGUACGUGGUAUCCGCAGCUUUUCGACAAGCCUUUCAAAUGACUGUCAGCUCCUUACAGUGUCACAGACACAAGCCCUGGCGCUUUGGAUCUCGGUUUAUGAAUCUCAUCAAAGGGACUCAGUGGGAUGGCCUAACGGGUCGGAUUGCCUUCAAUAAAACUGAUGGAAUGCGGAAAGAUUUUGAUUUGGAUAUUAUAAGUCUGAAGGAAGAAGGACUGGAGCAGCCUUCUGGUGACUCUCCUUAUUACUACAAUAAAAUAUGGCGGAAGAUUGGAAUCUGGAAUUCAAACACAGGACUUAACAUGACAGCCAAUCUGAAGGACAAGCCCUGCAAUAUCACUGAUUCAUUGGCCAAUAGAACUCUCUUGGUUACCACUAUUUUGGAAGAUCCCUAUGUGAUGCAUAAGAAAUCUGACAAGCCCCUUUAUGGGAAUGAUCGCUUUGAGGGUUAUUGCCUUGACUUAUUGAAAGAAUUAUCAAAUAUUCUGGGCUUUACUUAUGAAGUUAGGCUGGUAGCUGAUGGAAAGUAUGGGGCACAGAAUGAGAAGAGCGAGUGGAAUGGAAUGGUUGGAGAACUCAUCAACCAUAAAGCGGAUUUAGCAGUUGCUCCUCUAACUAUUACCUAUGUGCGUGAGAAAGUGAUUGACUUCUCCAAACCCUUCAUGACUCUGGGCAUUAGUAUCCUCUACCGUAAACCCAAUGGCACCAACCCUGGUGUUUUCUCCUUUCUCAAUCCAUUAUCUCCUGAUAUUUGGAUGUAUGUGCUACUGGCCUGCCUUGGGGUCAGUUGUGUGCUGUUCGUUAUUGCCAGGUUUACACCAUACGAAUGGUACAAUCCGCAUCCUUGCAAUCCUGACUCGGAUGUAGUGGAAAACAAUUUUACUUUACUAAAUAGUUUCUGGUUUGGAGUUGGAGCUCUCAUGCAGCAAGGAUCAGAACUGAUGCCCAAAGCUCUCUCCACUAGAAUAGUGGGUGGAAUCUGGUGGUUUUUUACAUUAAUUAUAAUCUCUUCAUACACUGCCAACUUGGCUGCCUUUCUAACUGUGGAAAGAAUGGAUUCUCCCAUAGACUCUGCUGAUGACUUGGCAAAGCAAACCAAAAUAGAAUAUGGUGCCGUCAGGGAUGGAUCCACAAUGACUUUCUUUAAGAAAUCAAAAAUUUCAACCUAUGAGAAAAUGUGGGCAUUCAUGAACAGUCGAAAACAAACUGCUUUGUUGAAGAACAACGACGAGGGAAUUCAGCGUGUUCUCACCACUGACUAUGCCUUUCUGAUGGAAUCAACGAGCAUUGAAUACGUCACUCAGCGUAACUGCAACCUGACUCAAAUUGGCGGACUCAUUGACUCCAAAGGAUAUGGUGUUGGAACACCUAUAGGGUCUCCAUACAGAGAUAAAGUCACAAUAGCAAUCCUGCAGCUCCAGGAGGAAGGAAAACUGCACAUGAUGAAGGAGAAAUGGUGGCGUGGCAAUGGCUGCCCAGAAGAGGAUAACAAGGAAGCAAGCGCUCUUGGAGUUGAAAACAUAGGAGGAAUAUUUAUUGUGCUUGCUGCGGGGCUAGUGCUCUCGGUCUUUGUAGCUAUCGGUGAAUUUAUAUACAAAUCCAGAAGAAACAGUGACGUUGAACAGUGCUUUACAUUCAGCACCGUGAUCGAAGAGCUCUGCAUCCCACUUCGCUGCCACAAAAAGGUGAACAAAAGUUCCAGAACCAGGAGAAAAUAUGGACUGUCAAGCAUCCUCAUGUGUCAUCAAAGACGAAUUGUGCGAAAAGAGACAAUAACAUGAAGUUGAAACCUGCAAAGAGUCCUCGAAACCAUCUACAAUUACGCUGUUACCUCAUGGAAAAUUUGCCAGAUUAUUGGACCCCCUUGACAAAAGAUAAUGUUGGGAUUAAAGAACUCUUUGAACUGAUUGUUUUUUUCUAAGUCAUUGUAUGAUGGUGAAAAGUUUUGUGAUCAAUUGUUUCUUCAUCCACUUGCAGAAUUGGGUGGUUUAAGUGGUUACCUUUAUACUUAACUGAUGUAGAGGGUCAGUGCAGCUGAAACAGUCUCUCGCGGUAUCUUUGUAGCACGAGAAUCUUCUAAAGAAUAGUCAUUUUCUCUUGGUGCUUAUUGUUCAACUGAACACAUUUAUUAAAGUCUAAGUGGUGAAACAGCUUAAAAGAUCCAAUUCUUCUUCUCCGUAAUCUUUGCUAUGCUGUAACAGCUGCAGCAAAUAGUUGAUUAAAGAAAAACAGGGCUUUAUUUGAGUUGAAUUUAGAAAAAUUCCUGCUGAAUUCACCACUUAGUCUAUCAUUUGGCUAGAUCCUCAUACUCAAUCUCCUCUUCUGUUCCCCCGACGCAGAAUGUUUUGCUUCUGCAAUGCACAUAACCUCAUGUAUGAUACUUUUGGAAGCCCUGCAUUGUGAUAAAUAGGUCCAUUAGUUUAUUGGAUUUUAUUUCAUUGUGGGCACUUGUAGACAGUGAAUAAGUUAUCUACAGACUAAAUAAUCUUCUCUGCUUCAUUAAAUCAUUUUAAGUUAAAAAAAUUCAGAAGGGCCAGGACUGAUCAU